AUGAGCACCAAAGGAAAGGGUAAGCGUGUCGCCGACGACGAGGUCGACGAUGGCAAGAGCGCUACCAUCACGAUCUCGGCUCCUGCAUCUCACAUAAUGGCGCCCGCGUCCCGCCUUACAGCGCCCGAAAUACUGCGCCGCCAUCGCCAUCGCCGCGAGAACGUUGCAGCCAAUGUGUGGGGUCCCUGCCUGCCUGGUUCAGAUGCGCCGCUGCCGUUCAGCGUAUACAAAGCUAUUCUACGCCAUCCCAAUCUCUUCUUUCAGUUUGCGAUCCGGUUGUCACAGAAGACCAUCAUCGACCUGUACGCAAUCGACAAAGAGUUUCACUACAGGUUCAACAAAUACAGCACCUCGAUCAUCCACGACUUCGCGCGCCACCAUGCUCCCCAGGCUGCCUACAUCUUCAGCUGGGUGCUCUUUCCCGAACUAUGUAUCAGCGACCCCAUGCUGCGACCGAUGGACGGCCGCCCUCACCUCGCUCGCGACAUACCCAGCCUACGGUGGACUCAGAUGGUCAUACAUCGAGACAACGUGGUGCGAACUAUCCUUACAAUCCUAGCAACCAACGGACAUCGGGUCCCACGUGAGACGUACAUCGUUCUCAUGAAAUUCUGGCUAUUAAUGGAGAUGAACAACACGACACUCCGCACGACCUUCCUAGCCGAUAACACUAUUUGGACCAACCAAGACCUUUACUUCUUUCACCUAUUCCUUAUGAAGCUCGACAUGCACUUCAACCAUCCAGUGCACAAUCACGGCUUCAUCGAUCUCUCGCACAUGCUGUUGACACAAAAGACGCUCUCAACACUCCAUAACGUUCUUGUUGGACAGCAAACCCUGGACUACGACGAUUUAACGGACAUGCUCAUCAGAACGUACCACGAAGAAGACCUCGACCUCGAUACAAAUCCAUGGUUGGCUGAUCCAGAAGAGCACGGCGUUGUAGCAGAUAAUAUGGGAACUUUAUCCCGUGAAGGCUGGAUAUUCGAGGGUGAGAGCAUGCACUCACCUGUGGACCUAGUCCGCAUCGAAGCCAUCGACCGGGGACUAGAUAUCCAGGAAUACUUGAUCGAUUUCAUGAUGUACGGCUACAUCGACCCAGACAGGAAGCAGAAUGUGGCAGCACCGAGAAGAUGGCGACAUGAGAAGAAGAUAUUGGUGCCGAAGGAGCCGUGGCCCAUUCCGAGUGCGACCACUGGCCUGCUUGCUACAUUGGACAAGAGGUACGAUAUAACGCAGGAAGGUGGGGAUUUGAAGAACGUUUCGGUGAAUCGAGUCCAGCAGAGUGAAACUGUUUUCAUGUGGCAUCUGAGCCGAAAGCAUGAUGCGCAAGUGGGACAAAUUGAGAACGAUGUAGAGGGGAAAUGCCGGUGAAGGAAUGGAAGAAGACGAGUGAGAGAAGAUGACGUGGUCUCCAUUGUCUACCUAUCGUUCUGCUCG